UACCAACAGUUUAACGAGUAUGCAGUAUACAAAUUCGCAAAAUGAACAUCCUGAUGUUGAUGUAAAUAUUAGCAUAGUUGAUAUCCUUGAUUAUGUUGGAGAAUCUGUACGACCAAUCAAAGAAGGAUUUGCAGUAUACACAGCGAAUCACAUAGUGUGUAUUGGUUACCGUAAAAUUGAGCAAGCAACUGUGGAAGUGACUGGGUACGUAACUCAAACCUCUCAUCCAGGCCUCGCUCCACAUCAGAUUAAACUAAAUCUUGAGCCCGAAAUUUCGAAAUGGAUGCUAAAGUGCACUUGCAAAGCAGAUAUAACACAAGCUUGGGGAAUCACAAAAUCUGCAAAAAAGGCCCCAUGGGGAGCAAAACGUAUCACCGAGUUAUGUUGCGUUAAUCAAUCGAAGUCUUUGAAAACAACUGAUAGCAAAACUGAAGAACAACUACUAUCCACAAGCUUCAAUCGUAUUAUGUCUGUUUCUAGAGCAUCUGCCAUUAGCAAACAUAUGGAAGGAAGGCAUCUUAACAUUCCUAAUACAUAUGCGAAUCGUGCAAUUCAAAGUACCUCUGAGAUCAGCAAUGUUACUCAAUACAUUAAUGCUACUGAAUUGACCACCUGUUUAAGGCGUUCAACAUCCGGAGUAGUUAUUAGGCCAUAUGAAAUGAGUACGAUACAGUUUGAUUAUUUUGAUCAAUAUAUUCAAGUUGAUGUUGAUAUGAGCGUACGCAUGGCGUUGGAAACUAAAGAUCAAAACACGAACUCAUGGAAGAUAAACCGUACUAAACGAAUAACAGCUAGCUCAGCCUAUAAGCUUUUCACGUACUUGCGUAACAAAAAUCCAGAUUGGAGCAAAAAGAUUUCUCAAUACUGGGACAUACGAAAUUUAAAACUUGAGGCCACGAAGUAUGGUAAGGACACAGAGCCUCUUGCUUUCGAAUGUUACAAAAUAAAACGCAAUCCGAAUAUUAAAAAGUGUGGGUUGGUCAUACAUCCCGAUGAAUCGUGGAUUGCAGGAUCACCCGAUGGAAUUGAUCCAGUUUCCAAUAUACUAUUGGAAAUCAAAUGUCCUAUGAACAAAGAUGCAUCAUUGAAUGAUAUUAUGAACUGCGCUUCUGUUAAAGUUUUCAUCAAACAAGACUUCCAAUCCAGUUAUUAUUUAAAUAAGCGUCAUUGUUACUACUGUCAAGUUCAAAUCAAUAUGUGGUUACUAAAUCUUGAUUACUGUGAUUUUGUAUUGUACUCUACGAAAGACAAUGAUUUUAAUGUUAUUGAAGUUAUAUUUGAUAGAGAUUACGUUACUACCGUGAUUAACGAUUUGAAAACACUCUAUUUCAAUCGAAUGCUACUUAAAUUGAUAGAAGAUAACUGUUCCUCUAAAUGUUAAGUAACAGAUUAUUCAGCAGUUCUAUAAAGGUUUCGGUAUGAGAGAGAUAAAAAUGCUACUAAACAUGGCUAUAAACUGAUUCCAUUUGUUGUUUAUGUUAAAAGCCAAACGAACCGAUUUCAUCCGUAACGGUUUCCGGUUCCGGAAGUAGUGAUCAAAAACUCAAAAGCGGAACUCUUCAUUUUCUCAGAGACGGCUGAGUCAAUUUUAAUAAGCUUAGAUUCAGUCUUACGUUUCCAUAGACUGAUUUUAACUUUAACGUUCUGACUUCCGGAUUCGGAACAACAGGGUAAGAUGUGUUUAUAAUUUUAAAAUCGUCACCUAUAGCGAAAAUGCAAAAAAUCGAACAAUUCUUAUAAA